AUGCCAACAUUUGUUGAACCUGUAAUGGCGAAUGUCACCGCAAUUAAAGGUCAAGAUGUGGAAUUCAGGUGUCAAGUAUCCAAACUUGGCAAACAUAUGGUAGCAUUUGCUCGAGCAGAUACGCCACCAAGGUUAAUUGCUUUUGGUGAAAAGGUAUUCCGGCAACGAUACAAAUAUGAAAUUAGACGAACAAUGAAUGAUAAUGAAUGGAUUUUAGUCGUUAAAAAUAUCCAAGAAAAUGAUAUAGGUGGUUACUCGUGUCAACUAAACACCGAUCCAAUACUUUCAAAAAUUGGUUACCUUCAUGUUAAAGUUCCACCGUACGUGGCUCGAACAACAGCAGCAGUUGUAGAGGUACGUGAAGGACAAAAUGUUACUUUGUCAUGUCGAGCAUUUGGUGAUCCACCACCGACUGUCGUAUGGAGGAGACAAGAUCGACAGAUUAUCCGAUUUAAUGGUGUUACUGGCUAUGGAGCAACUGUAUUUAAUGGUUCUGAUAUGACAAUUAUUAAAGUAAGCCGUAAACAUAUGAGUGAAUAUAUUUGUGUCGCAAGUAAUGGUGUACCACCAGAUGAGUCCUGGACUGUGAAACUUCAUGUUACAUUUGAGCCAACGGUUGUACCGCAAGCUGAAAUUGUUCAGGUAGCACUUGGUAAUCAGAUUAGCUUAGUUUGUAAUGUGGAAGCUUGGCCAAAGCCAUUAGUGAAAUGGGGAAAAAAUGGACAAGAAAUAUUCAACUCAUCAACAUUUUCAUUUUCAAAUGAAGUAUCAGGCAGAUAUUGUAGCAUACACAUAUUAACUAUCAAAAAUAUUAGCAAAAAUGAAUUUGGUACAUAUCGAUGUAUUGCGAUAAAUGAUAACGGUGAACAUUUUGCUGAUAUUAUUGUGAAAGAAGGAAGCUCAGCAUACAAUAAAUUUGCAGCAAUGUUUAUUGAGGGUUCCGGAUAUCCGGAUCAUGAUAGUGAUGACGAUGAUGAUGAUGAUGAUGAUGAUGAUGAUGAUGACGAUGACAGUGAUAAUGAUAAUAACAACGGCAACACUAUUAAUAACAAUGAUUACAGCGAUAAUCAUUCUAUCAUAUCACCAUACAAAUUAGAAAAUUCUUCUAAUUCUAUGAGGAAAUCGGCUGAAACAUUUCAAAUUGAACCGUAUUCAGGAAGAUUCCUCUCAACACAUUCUUCUCAAUAUCGAAAGGAUCACAUACAAGCACAAACUUCAACAGCUGGUAAGUAA